UAAGAGGCUUUAUUUGAGGAUUAAUUUGAGGGAUAUGGGAGCUACCUUCGGGGUCCCCACCUGCUGGGCACCGUAAUGGUGCUCCCUGCCUCAGCUGAGCCCCUCGCUGCUCUCUGAAGGAGCAGGAUGACAAGAUGGCACAGCUGCUUGUACCGCCCGGACCUGACAGCUUCCGCCCCUUCGUCCCCGAGUCGCUGGCCGCCAUCGAGAGGCGCAUCGCCGAGGAGGAGGCCCGGAGACCGCGGGCGGAGCGCCGCAGUGACAGUGACGAUGAAAACGGGCCAAAGCCCAACAGCGACCUGGAGGCGGGGAAAUCGCUCCCCUUUAUCUACGGGGACACCCCUUCCCACCUGGUGUCCACCCCUCUGGAGGACAUGGACCCCUUCUACAGCAAUCAGAAGACCUUCAUAGUAUUGAAUCGCGGGAAGGCAAUCUUCCGUUUCAAUGCCACUCCUGCCUUGUACAUCCUCACCCCUUUCAACCCUCUAAGAAGGAUAGCUAUUAGAGUUUUAGUGCACGCGCUGUUCAGCAUGUUGAUCAUGUUCACCAUCCUGACCAACUGUGCUUUCAUGACCCUCAGUAAUCCGCCAGACUGGGCCAAGAAUGUAGAGUACACAUUCACAGGGAUCUACACCUUCGAGUCCCUCAUAAAGAUCCUGGCCAGGGGCUUCUGCGUGGGGAAGUUCACUUUCCUGCGAGACCCGUGGAACUGGCUGGAUUUCAGUGUUAUCCUCAUGGCAUAUGUCACAGAGUUUGUGGACCUGGGCAAUGUCUCAGCACUGCGAACCUUCAGGGUUCUGCGAGCCCUGAAAACUAUAUCAGUCAUCCCAGGCUUGAAGACUAUCGUCGGCGCACUGAUCCAGUCAGUGAAAAAGCUGUCGGAUGUGAUGAUCCUCACCGUGUUCUGCCUCAGCGUCUUCGCCCUCAUCGGCCUGCAGCUCUUCAUGGGCAACCUGAGGCAGAAGUGCGUCCGCAUCCCGGUCGCCAGCAACGACACCAACAGCAGCGACAUCAACCUGUGGGAAAUCAACACCACCAUGCCAAAUGCCUCCUCCUUCAACUGGACAGAGUACAUCAGCGAUGAGAAUAAUUACUAUUACCUCCCUGGCCGUAGGGAUGCUCUGCUCUGCGGGAAUGGCAGCGGCGCUGGGCUCUGUCCGGAGGGCUUCAGCUGCGUCAAAGGAGGUCGUAAUCCAGACUAUGGCUACACCAGCUUCGACACCUUCAGCUGGGCCUUCCUCUCCCUGUUCAGACUCAUGACCCAGGACUACUGGGAAAACCUCUACCAGCAGACUUUACGCGCGGCGGGGAAGCCCUACAUGAUCUUCUUCGUGCUGGUGAUCUUCCUGGGCUCCUUCUACCUGGUCAACCUGAUCUUGGCCGUGGUGGCCAUGGCUUACGACGAGCAGAAUCAGGCCACCAUCGAGGAGGCUCAGCAGAAGGAGGAGGAGUUCCAGGCCAUGCUGGAGCAGCUGAAGAGACAGCAGGAGGAGGCACAGGUUGCCGCGGCAGCAGCCACGGAGAGCGGAGAGUACAGCGGGAGAGGGGGCCCCACCUCCGAGUCCUCCUCGGGGACGUCUAAGCUGAGCUCGAAGAGCGCCAAGGAGCGGCGCAACAGGCGGAAGAAGAGGAAGCAGAGGGAGGAGGAGGAGGAGAGGGGGACCCGCGACAAGUUCCACAAGUCUGCGUCCGAGGACAGCAUCAAGAGGUCCAGCUUCCGCUUCUCCAUCGAUGCCAACCGGCUGUCCUACGAGAAGAGAUGCUCCUCACCCAACCAGUCUCUUCUCAGUAUCCGUGGAUCCCUCUUCUCACCUCGGAGGAACAGCCGCGCCAGCUUGUUCAGCUUCCGCGGCCGGGCGCGCGACAUGGGCUCCGAGAACGACUUUGCCGACGACGAACACAGCACGUUCGAGGAGAGCGACAGUCGCCGGGGCUCCUUGUUCUUGCCGCGGCGCCUCGAGCGUCGCUGCAGCGCCGUCAGCCAGACCAGCCUCGGGGCGCCGCGGAUCAUGCUGCCCGCCAACGGCAAGAUGCACUGCGCCGUCGACUGCAACGGCGUGGUGUCGCUGGUCGGUGGCACUUCUGUCACAACAUCUCCCGUAGGUCUCCUGCUGCCUGAGGGGACAACUACGGACACGGAGCUGAAGAAACGCAGGUCAUUUCACCAGCCAUCCAUGGACUAUUUAGAUGAACCGGGGGGCCGGCAGAGAGCCAUGAGCGUGGCCAGUAUCCUCACCAACACCAUGGAGGAGCUUGAAGAGUCGAGGCAGAAGUGCCCGCCCUGCUGGUACAGGUUUGCCAACACCUGUCUGAUCUGGGAUUGUUGUCCUGCAUGGCUGAAGAUCAAAGAGGUUGUCAACAUGGUGGUCAUGGACCCAUUUGUGGAUCUGGCCAUCACUAUUUGCAUCGUCCUCAACACCCUUUUCAUGGCCAUGGAGCAUUACCCCAUGACUAAAGAAUUUGAUAAUGUGCUCUCAGUGGGAAACCUGGUGUUCACAGGCAUCUUCACAGCAGAGAUGUGCUUCAAGAUCAUCGCCCUGGAUCCUUACUACUACUUCCAGGAGGGCUGGAACAUCUUUGAUGCCAUCAUCGUUAGCCUCAGCCUGAUGGAGCUGGGCCUGGCCAAUGUAGAGGGCUUGUCUGUGCUCAGGUCGUUCAGAUUGCUCAGAGUCUUCAAACUGGCCAAGUCGUGGCCCACGUUGAACAUGCUGAUCAAGAUCAUCGGUAACUCGGUGGGCGCUCUGGGCAACCUGACUCUGGUGCUGGCCAUCAUCGUGUUCAUCUUUGCCGUGGUGGGCAUGCAGCUGUUUGGCAAGAGCUACAAGGAGUGCGUCUGUAAGAUUGCCAAAGACUGUCAGCUGCCCCGCUGGCACAUGCACGACUUCUUCCACUCCUUCCUCAUUGUGUUCCGGGUGCUGUGCGGCGAGUGGAUCGAGACCAUGUGGGACUGCAUGGAGGUGGCAGGACAAACGAUGUGCCUGAUCGUCUUCAUGAUGGUCAUGGUCAUUGGAAACCUGGUGGUUCUGAAUCUCUUCCUGGCUCUCCUCCUGAGCUCGUUCAGCGCUGACAACCUGGCGGCUACUGAUGACGACAGUGAGAUGAACAACCUGCAGAUUGCCGUGGGCCGGAUCCAGCGGGGCAUCGCAUUCGUCAAAUCCACGGUGCGGCAGUUCCUCCAGAGCCUCUGCUUCGGCGGGGCCGGUAAGGGCUCUGGCCUGGCUGAGGAGAGCAAACCCCUGGAUGAGCUGCACAGCAAUGGCAAGGGCAACUGCAUCUCCAACCACACUUCAGUGGAGAUCACCAAAGAGCCCAUCGGGGUUUACAUGACGGAGGGCAACGGUCGGCCGGGAGGAGGGCUGGUGGUAGGGGUCGGGGUUGGUGGGGACGCCACGGGCAAGUACCCGGUGGAGGAAUGUGACUACAUGUCAUUUAUUCAUAACCCCAGCCUGACCGUGACGGUGCCCAUCGCAGUGGGCGAGUCGGACUUUGAGAACCUCAACACAGAAGAUUUCAGCAGCGACUCGUCUGACGUGGAGGGCAGCAAAGAGAAGCUCGAUGCAGAGCCCCAGCCUCUGAGCUCAUCGGAGGGGAGCACAGUUGAUAUUCGCCCCCCAGGAGACGGGGUGGAUUCAGUGGAGCUGGAGCCAGAGGAGUCACUGGACCCAGAGGCCUGCUUCACAGAGGGCUGUGUGCGCAGGUUCCAGUGCUGCCAGAUCAAUGAGGAGGGAGGCAAGUAUAAGAGCUGGUGGACUCUGAGGAAAACCUGCUUCAUCAUCGUGGAGCACAACUGGUUUGAGUCCUUCAUCAUAUUUAUGAUCUUGCUCAGCAGUGGGGCACUGGCCUUUGAGGACAUUUAUAUUGAGCAGCGGCGCACCAUCAAAACAGUGCUGGAGUACGCAGACAAGGUUUUCACUUAUGUCUUCAUUCUGGAAAUGCUGCUGAAGUGGGUAGCAUAUGGCUUUGUCAAGUACUUCACCAACGCCUGGUGCUGGCUCGACUUCCUCAUUGUAGACGUGUCCCUGGUCAGCCUGGUAGCCAACGCUCUGGGCUACUCUGAGCUUACCGCCAUCAAAUCUCUGAGGACGCUGCGAGCGCUCCGGCCCCUGAGGGCCCUGUCUCGGUUUGAGGGCAUGAGGGUUGUGGUGAACGCUCUCCUGGGGGCCAUUCCUUCCAUCAUGAACGUGCUGCUGGUGUGUCUCAUCUUCUGGCUCAUCUUCAGCAUCAUGGGGGUCAACCUGUUCGCAGGGAAGUACUACUACUGCCUCAACACCACCGCGGACGAGCUCUUCCCCAUCAGCGUUGUCAACAACAAGUCCGACUGCUUGAACUUGGUGAACGACAGCGCCCGCUGGAAGAACGUCAAAAUCAACUUUGACAACGUUGGGGCCGGAUAUCUGGCUCUGCUGCAAGUGGCAACGUUUAAGGGUUGGAUGGACAUCAUGUAUGCAGCUGUGGACUCUCGAAAUGUGGAGGACCAGCCGGAAUACGAAGUCAACCUGUACAUGUACCUCUACUUUGUCAUCUUCAUCAUCUUCGGCUCCUUCUUCACCCUCAACCUGUUCAUCGGCGUCAUCAUCGACAACUUCAACCAGCAGAAGAAAAAGUUCGGAGGUCAGGACAUCUUCAUGACAGAAGAACAGAAGAAGUACUACAACGCCAUGAAGAAGCUCGGCUCCAAGAAACCACAGAAGCCGAUACCUCGUCCAACAAAUGCGUUUCAAGGCUGCGUGUUCGACUGCAUCACUAAGCAGGCCUUUGACAUCGUGAUCAUGAUCCUGAUCUGCCUUAACAUGGUGACCAUGAUGGUGGAGACGGACGACCAGACCCCGGACAUGGACAACAUCCUGUACUGGAUCAACCUGGUCUUCAUCGUGCUCUUCACCGGAGAGUGCACGCUCAAGAUGAUCUCUCUGCGUCACUAUUACUUCACCAUCGGCUGGAACAUCUUUGACUUUGUGGUGGUGAUUCUGUCUAUCGUAGGUAUGUUUCUAUCUGAAGUUAUCGAGAAGUACUUUGUGUCCCCGACUCUGUUCCGAGUGAUCCGACUGGCCAGGAUCGGCCGCAUCCUCCGCCUUAUCAAAGGAGCCAAGGGCAUCCGGACGCUCCUCUUUGCCUUGAUGAUGUCCCUCCCCGCCCUCUUCAACAUUGGCCUCCUCCUCUUCCUGGUGAUGUUCAUCUACGCCAUCUUCGGCAUGUCCAACUUCGCCUACGUCAAGCGGGAGGCGGGGAUCGACGACAUGUUCAACUUUGAGACCUUUGGGAACAGCAUGAUCUGUUUGUUUCAGAUAACGACGUCAGGCGGGUGGGACGGCCUGCUGGCGCCCAUCCUCAACAAGAGGGAGCCCGACUGUGACAGCCAGAUAGAGCACCCGGGCAACUACUACAAAGGCAACUGCGGCAACCCAUCAGUGGGCAUCUUCUUCUUUGUCAGCUACAUCAUCAUCUGCUUCCUCAUCGUGGUCAACAUGUACAUCGCCGUCAUCCUGGAGAACUUCAGCGUGGCCACAGAGGAGAGCGCUGAGCCUCUCAGCGAGGACGACUUUGAGAUGUUCUAUGAAGUGUGGGAGCGCUUCGACCCGGAUGCUACUCAGUUUAUGGAGUACAGCAAGCUCUCUGACUUUGCAGACGCUCUCGACCCCCCGCUGCGCAUGCCCAAGCCCAACAUGAUCCAGCUCAUCUCCAUGGACCUGCCCAUGGUCAGCGGCGAGCGCAUCCACUGCCUCGACAUCCUGUUCGCCUUCACCAAGCGAGUGCUGGGCGAAGGCGGGGAGAUGGACGUGCUGCGCGGCCAGAUGGAGGAGCGCUUCAUGGCCUCCAAUCCCUCCAAGGUGUCUUAUGAGCCCAUCACCACCACGCUGCGUCGCAAACAAGAGGAGAUGUCGGCCAUAGUCAUCCAGAGAGCCUUCCGCCGCUACAUGAUCCGCCUGGCCAUGAAGAAGGCCUCGGCCCUCUACAAGGAGCAGCUGAAGGAGGGCGUCCGCGACCCCGACAAGGACGUCAUGGUCAUCGGCAAGUUCACGGAGAACUCCACCUCGGACAAAACGGACAUGACCCCCUCCACGGCGUCUCCACCCUCCUACAACAGCGUGACGAAGUCGGACAAGGACAAAUACGAGAAAGAAAACAGGGAAAAAGAAAACAAAGGGAAAGACUUGAAAGACCGAAAGAAGUAG